UCGAUUUCUCCGCUCGGAUCCGCUGGGGAAAUCGAGAGUUCUUCUGGAGAGCUGACGCGUAGGAGAAGUUCUCGAGAACUUGCUGCCGAGCGGCUCCGACGGCUUCCGCGUUGACUCCGGAACCACCCCGCGUCGCCCACCGCGUCGCCCGCCAUGGCCGAGCCGACAAACACCCCGAUUCCCCCAAGCACCCCGGUCCCGGCAUCAACACCGCGCUCCUCGUCGCCUGCGCCGCCUACCCCCAGCUUGACCUCGAAUGCGGCCACAACGACCGUCUCUUUACCGUCGGCCCCACCCGGCGCCGCGCCGAGGCGGCCCAUUGUGCUCCACAUCGGAGACCCGAUAAAGUACAACCCGGCCACAUACGCAGAGUUCAGCCAAGCAUUUGAAGUGGUGCGCCCCAGCGCCGAAGAGCGUGAGCGCAGCGAGUUCAUACGGGCCCUGAAGGAACGCCGAUGGGGCGACUUCAGCGCCAUCUUCCGGCCAUUCUGGGGCACCGGCGGCGAGAUGGGCCAGUGGGACGCGGAGCUGAUCGGGCUGCUACCGGACUCGGUGAAGGUGUUUGCCAGCGCCGGCGCCGGUUUUGACUGGGCCGAUACCAAGCUGUUGGGGGAGAAGGGCAUCAUCUAUUGCAACUCGGGUCUCGCGGCCGCCGAAGCCGUCGCCGACUUCGCCGUGGCCAUGAUCAUCUCCACGUUCCGGCAUCUCCCGUGGUGCAUGACCGCAGCCACCUUCACGCCUCCCAGCCCACACGCCGCCGACCUCUCCGCCGCCGAAGCCUUCCAGACCUGCCACGCCCGCGCGACCGCAGUCAGCCACAACCCGCGGGGCCACGUCCUCGGCCUCAUCGGCUUCGGCAACAUCGGCCAGCAGAUCGCCGCCAAGAUGGGCAACCCAGCCUUCGGCAUGCGCAUCGCCUACCACGACAUGGUGCGCAAGCCCGCCGAGAUCGAAACCGCGCUGCACGCCCAGUACCACCCGACGCUCACCGGCCUGCUCCAAACAGCCGACUGCGUUGUGCUGUGCACGCCAGCCUCGCCCGACGGGCAACCGCUCAUCACGGCGUCGGCGCUGGCGGCCUUCCGGCGCGGCGCGCGCUUCGUCAACGUGGCGCGCGGCUCGCUUGUCGACGAGGACGCGCUCGCCGACGCGCUCGAGGCCGGCGUCCUCAGCGCCGCCGCCCUCGACGUGCACGCCCGCGAGCCCCGCGUCAACCCCCGCCUGGUCCGCAUGGCCACGCGGCUGGACAGCCCCGACGGCCCGCCGCCGCCCGGCGCCGGCAGGGUCAUGCUGACCUGCCACAACGCCGGCGGCACGGUGGAGACGCACGCCGGGUUUGAGGAGCUGAGUAUGAGGAAUAUCAUGGGCGUGUUGAAAGGGGAGGGGCCGGUGACGCCGGUGAAUUUGGAGUUUUUGAGGGUUGACGGGAAGGCGUGAGUGUUGAGGAUGAAUGAUAAGGCAGGCAGUUGGGCGUUUGGUGAGCCCGUGGUGCGGCCUGGUACACUAUGGGUGUGUGCGGGAUGAGAUUGAUGGCACGGCAGACGUCGUGGAAUGGUUUGUGGAUUUGGGGUCCGGACUUGGCACUCAGGGGUUGGUUGGGGGCUAUCAGGGGUUGGAGGACAGGAUCAAUAGAGCUUGGAAAAGUUGAACCGUCAGGACGGUAGCGAGGGUGGGCCGCAACUUUAGUUAUAUGCGUAACUUUGUAGAAUUUAAGAGCCAGGUUAGACA